UCUGAAUCAAAUAUAUAUAUCUUCAUGUCCAUGGAUGAAUCAAGAUCAUGUGAGGUAAACUUGCCUGGAUUCAGGUUUCACCCAACAGAGGAAGAGCUCCUUACUUUUUACCUCAAAACUAUGGUUUUUGCUAAGAAAUUACCCGGCGGCGCCGAUAUCAUCGGUUUCUUGAAUAUAUACAAUCAUCACCCCAGGGAACUGCCUGGGCUGGCAAAAAUAGGUGAAAGAGAGUGGUACUUUUUCGUGCCGAGGGACAGAAAACAUGGCAGCGGAGGAAGACCGAACCGUACUACUGAAAACGGGUUCUGGAAGGCAACCGGGUCUGACCGUCAAAUACAUACAACAUCGGAUCCCAAAAAGGUGUUAGGUCUGAAGAAAACACUUGUUUUCUAUGAGGGCAGAGCACCACGUGGAACGAAGACUGAUUGGGUCAUGAACGAGUUUCGCUUGCCCGACAAAUGCUCCCCUCCCAAGGACAUAGUGUUGUGUAAGAUAUAUAGAAAGGCAACCUCUUUGAAGGUGUUGGAGUAUAGGGCUGCAGUUGAAGAAGAUGACGAAACUAAGUCGGACACUAAUUGUUCAUCGUUAUCUCCUCCACCAAUGGAUUGCAUGCUCUCCUUUUGCAACCAAUUUGAGGAAAUAAACAACAUUCAAGUACUAAAGAAAGAAAAUGAGGAAAUCUUAUUGCAUGUGAAGGAGAGUAGUAAAGUGAAGGGUUGCUCUAGCAUCGUUUUGCCGAACGGAAGCGAUAAUAUAGCAGAGCUACAAGUUCCUAAAUUCAACACGGACUGGACUCAAGACUCUUUCUGGACACAAUUCAGCCCCUGGCUUGACAAUUUCGCUCCUUUCUUGCCAAUGUGCUGAUAUUAUUUAUUAAUUUCCCAACACAUGUAUGUAUAUUGCCAUGCUUAUUAAUUAAUGCUAUAAUAGGGCCUUGUAAAUCAUGAAACUUGUAUGUGGCUCUCUUUUGCUUCGUCUGUCAAUUUUGUGUUGGUAUAUAAAGGGGAGAACGUGUUGUAAUAAAUAAACAAGUGUCACGCAUGCUUUUGCAUAUGAUACUAUGGCGAUGUUUCCGUAUUAAUGUUUCUUACCAUCAUGAAACAUUUCUAUUUUAUAUCUAAAGGCUUUUGAGUAAUGCAACAGCCAAAUUAAUCAAAUUGUAUGCACGAGUGCAGCUGGUGACCUGCCCCCUUC